CGGAGAACGAAUAUGUUCUGUGUAGACUGAGGUCUAGUUGAUCCGACGCUCCCCUCGGUCAUGAAGCCUACAGACCAAUCAAAUUAGAUUUCACUUCAAGGCUGUGAUGCAGCCAGCGCGCUCCGAGCCCUGCAACUCCUGCUGUAGUAUACUGUGGGACGCUCCGCAGCUAGCCCCACGGUACGCUUAUCCCGUUCCUUCCCGUUGCUUUUACGCGCUUGACGUCUGAAGAUAGAAAUCCAGUGGCCCUUUCUCGCCGCACGCAUCAUCCAUCGAUGGAGGUAACACUCUGUCCGAGAGUCCUCCGCACCCUCGGCAAAGCUUCCUUUCUUCGUUGCUGAGGAUUCUAAGAGGAAAAAAACAUUUUCCUCGGUCAAUUUCAAACAAAAUGUGGGACAAACAUCCAAUAAUUCAGCGCAGCGUCCACGGAGUGCUUGGGAUAGUGGCUGCCUGACUACUGUGGAUCUCGGAGCUUUCUCUCUUUUCCCCAUUGGAAAAAGAAGAGUUUGCAUGCAAAGGGUGGUUUAUUUCUGCAAGCCAUGGAGGGACUUAUCUAAGGAGGAUCCAACAUAAUUAAGUUAUUUAAGCAUUUUUCUAUUUUCUUCUUUUAGUUUCAUUUCAAAUCUUCUUGGGGUGAGCUUUCCCCCACCCUUCAGUUCUCCAUCACACUAUGGCUGAGAAGGUUGGACCAGGAGGCCCCAAGCCCAUCACCCCACGGACCACCCCUUCCCUUCCCCCAGAGCCCAUCGAUAUCAUCCGCACGAAAGCCCACUCGCGAAGGGUCCGUAUCAACGUGGGGGGGUUGAACCACGAAGUGCUGUGGCGGACCCUGGACCGGCUCCCCAGGACACGCCUUGGCAAGCUCCGGGACUGCAACACCCACGAGUCCCUGAUGGAAGUGUGCGACGACUACAGCCUGAACGAGAACGAGUACUUCUUCGACCGCCACCCCGGAGCCUUCACCUCCAUCCUCAACUUCUACCGCACGGGCAAGCUGCACAUGAUGGAGGAGAUGUGCGCGCUGUCGUUCGGCCAGGAGCUGGACUACUGGGGCAUCGACGAGAUCUACCUGGAGUCGUGCUGCCAGGCGCGCUACCACCAGAAGAAGGAGCAGAUGAACGAGGAGCUGAGGAGAGAAGCGGAGACGCUGAGGCAGAGGGAGGGAGAGACGGAGUUUGAUAACACCUGCUGCCCAGACAAGAGGAAGAAGCUGUGGGACCUCCUGGAGAAACCAGGCUCCUCCGUGGCUGCAAAGAUUCUGGCCAUCAUAUCUAUCCUGUUUAUAAUCCUGUCCACCAUCGCCCUGUCACUCAACACCUUACCUGAACUUCAGGUCAUUGACGAGUUCGGCCAGGCCAAUGACAACCCCCAGCUUGCCCACGUUGAGGCCGUGUGCAUCGCCUGGUUCACCAUGGAGUACCUCCUCCGCUUCCUCUCCUCCCCCAACAAGUGGAAGUUCUUCAAGGGGCCUCUGAAUGUCAUCGACCUCCUGGCCAUCCUCCCCUACUACGUCACCAUCUUCCUGACAGAGUCCAACAAGAGCGUGCUGCAGUUCCAGAACGUGCGGAGGGUGGUCCAGAUUUUCCGGAUCAUGAGAAUCCUGAGGAUUCUGAAGCUGGCCCGACAUUCCACAGGGCUCCAGUCUCUGGGCUUCACCCUCCGGAGGAGCUACAACGAGCUGGGCUUGCUCAUCCUCUUCCUGGCCAUGGGCAUCAUGAUCUUCUCCAGCCUGGUCUUCUUUGCUGAGAAGGACGAAGACGCCACCAAGUUCACCAGCAUCCCCGCCUCCUUCUGGUGGGCCACCAUCACCAUGACGACGGUCGGUUACGGCGACAUCUAUCCGCAGACUCUCCUAGGGAAGAUAGUGGGCGGUCUCUGCUGCAUCGCCGGUGUGCUGGUGAUCGCCCUGCCCAUCCCCAUCAUCGUCAACAACUUCUCCGAGUUCUACAAGGAGCAGAAGAGGCAGGAGAAGGCCAUCAAGAGGCGGGAGGCCCUGGAGAGGGCCAAGAGGAACGGCAGCAUCGUCUCCAUGAACAUGAAGGACGCCUUCGCCCGCAGCAUGGAGCUGAUGGAUGUGGUGGUGGAGAAGGGAGAGGACAAGUGCUCUCAGGACAACCACCUGACGCCUAGCCGCUGGGGAGGCACGCCCAAACGCGUCGCCUCCGACACCAGCCUCAGGUCACUGGACACCAGGAACCUUGACUCAGGCCUGAUGGCCUCCCCACACCGCAUAACCAUCACCACCACUGGCAGCCCUGAGCGUUUCCCCAGGAGCCCCCAGCACCGGAGAGGCAGCCCCCUGCCCUACAGAGGCAGCCCUCAGCACCUCAAUGCCCAGACACUGGAGCAGAUGUACAACCAGAUGAGCAAGUCUCAGUCCUUCACCAACCUCAACACCAGUUCCAUUAGCACCAUGAGCACCACACCGGCCCCCACCACGACAGAGAAACCCCCACAACACCAGCCCCAGUCCGAGCCUGCACCAACACAGGAAGUGGAGCUGGAAAUGAAGGAGGUCCCGCCUUCCUCGGAGCCUGCCCCGAAAGACAAGGUUGUCACGGAGAUCCGGAGCCUGUCGAGCAUGGACAGCUUCGCCAGCUGCACCGCUGAGCUCGGUGAAGGGGGCGACCACAGGCCCUCUGGAGCCCCUGGAGACGGCAACGCCCGACAUCCCAGGGUUCCUGCCUCUCUAGACCUGAGUCAGUUGACCCUCCCAGAGUCGACGGUAGAUGAGAGCUCUGAAGAAACCCCUGGCGCUGUACUGAAAGACGGCUUGUGCGAGUUUGUUCCCGUCAAGCCAGGUGCCGGGGCUCAGUCCCCAGAAGAGGAGAACCAGGAGGAUGGGGAGGGGAACUUUGACAGCUUUGUGGACAACAUCAGAAGCUCGUUGAGGGGCAACAAUCCCGUAAACACCACAAGGUUGAAGGUCAAUUUCACCGAGACUCCUGAGGAAGGUCCCCUCACCCCCCCCAGCACCACGUCACCUCAGGACAUCAGCUCCAGCCUUCUGGAGGACCAAACCCCCGAGGGAGAGACCUCACCGCUCAUCCCCAGCACAGACACCCCUGAGGAGGAGACCGGCCCCUUGUCCCCUCAGAGGCUGGUGGUGGACACCCCUCCAGGAGAUGAUGACCCCGUAGACCAGAGUUUGUUGGCAGAGAACCAUGAGGAGAAGAGCAUGAUGCAGGUGGCAGGUGGUGCUGUUGGUUCCUCGUCAGCACAAAACUGCACCCAGGGUGUGGUGGGAGCCGGUGGGGAGGGCAAAGCUGACAGCAACCAAAGUGGACACAAAGUAGAGAACCACAUGUUUACACCUGAGAUACACCUGAUUCCUGGCGAUGGGACGCUCUCCCCCACCUGUGAAACCAGCAUGUGACUGUAAGGGGGGGGGGGCCGUCGAGGGGAGAAUGCCUGGUGUGGAUGAAGACAGGAAGAGAAACGAAGGAAAAGGGUGCAGUGAUAUAGUUAAAGAUAUUUUUGCAUGGCAUGACAAGUCCCUUUUACUUGUGUCAUUGUGUUUCGCUGAAGGUGAGACUGCAGCACUGUUGAAGAUUUCGGCAGACUUUGUGGGAGAAAACGGUGGGCUCAAAGAAGAGGCUCUUGCGAAACCAAGAGAACUUAGCAAAGUAUAUAGACAUUUUAAAUAUCCUAAUGUAAAUAUGGACCUUAUCUUUCUUUUAUAGCAACAGAGAGAAAUGCACAGAGGGAACAUAAAAAGCAUGCAUUUAAAAACUUGUUAUUUUAUGGUGCUUAGUUUGCUGUAAGCGCUCCACUGUAAAUAUUAUGACAACAAAGGCAAUGCCAAUGCACAGGAUGGCUAAAGAAAAGUAUUUCAAAUGCGAAGAGGGAGAUUGCAUUUAGAGACAUCAGAGAGUGUUGCAACGUAGCGACCUAUAAAAAACAUAUCAUUACCCUUUUGUGGAAAUGCAAUGUGUACCAUGACAACACGAUGAUGUUUUGUGUUCUGAAUUCUGUAUGGCAAUUAAUGUUAACAUUCUUGUCUAUGGUUUGCAUAUUACUUGGUUUGGUUUUGGUUUACUGUCCUGAUAAGAACUUGUGAGAACUUAAUGACCGUCACACUUUAUUUGGAUAGAAGGAUUAAACCCCCUUUGUUCCACAACUGAGUAUAUACCUGUAGUUGCCAAAUACAUAACCAGUGAUGAAAAGAACUUCAGAAGCUUCAGCUUAACUUAAUUACUAACUUAAAUGUAUUGCAUUCAGAGGUUAGGACCAGGGCAUUAAAUAUUAUAUAUUUGGUUGAUUAAAACUACAUAGUCUGGUCCACUUGUUUGCUUUCUGUCUGCAUUAUUUACUUGCUGACUUCAGAUAUCUUAAAGUAGUUUUAAUAAUUACACAGCAGAUAAGUAGGCCUAUUCUAGAUCAGUUGUAGAGCUUUCAAGUAGAGCAGAAAAGGUCUAUGAAAAUAUGAUGUGUAUCAAUUAAAUUAGUGUAGGUCUGGUCAUUAUCCUAAAGGUGUUCUUACUGUAGGUCUGUCUUUGACAGAUGCAACCAUAAUAGUCUAAUACAGGAAAUAAGUAUGAUAAUAUGCUGUCAGAUUAACUGUCAGAGGACCAAAACAAUAAUAUUAUCAUGCUUUGUCAUUUUAUUGUCAUCUGUCAGUGCAUCCUCUCUGCUCAGCAACAUUAAGUGUAAUUUGUAGAUUACUUCAAUUUGAUUGUUCUCAUUGGGUUUGUCUGUGACUUCAGCCCCAUAUCCUCCUCUGUCAGAUCCUGUACUAUCCGUCUGUUACAGUACAUACACCUGCAAGUUUAUCCAACCCUGCUCUUUCUUUAAGACAUUUUUGUAUAUAUCUGUAGUGUCUUGAAAUGUACAUUAUUGUGUUUUACAGUGAACAAAACAAGAUUUCAGUCUAACUUGACCCAAAGUUUUUCUUUCUCGCUUUUGUUUUCACAGAAUGAAAAUAUCUGUUUUUUUGUUGCCUUUUAUUCCAAUGUCUUGCUGGAAUAUAUCCAUAUUGCUUUGGCAUGGCAGUUGACUGAGUGAAAAACAACUAGUAGUGGGUUAGAGGAAGCCACAUAAACCAGAACAGAACUCGGACGAGGUGGAUGACUUCUACAUUUCAGUUGGUUCUCAUUGAUUAGAAAAAGUGGGAAGUGCAAUACAUCAUACUGCAAACUAUGCAGGCCAAGAAUUGUGGCACUUUAUUUUCUGUCUGUGAGAUUUGUAAGUGUACAGGCGGAAACUACUUGUAUUUUUAAGAUAAUGUAUCUUUAAUAUAAAAUGAAAUAACAGUGUUGCUGACACCAUAAUCCCGAUGCAAACAGAUAAUUUGAUUUUGCUUUGAAUACUGUGUGGCAGGUGUGUACUUUCAGUCACCCUAAUGCCAGAUGGCAAUGGACCUCAAAUUUGAUUUGGCUUUGGGGAUACAGAUUCAAAUUGACCAUAAGGGCCUUUUAUAAAUUGCGGAAGUCCAACAUAUGUUUAUUUCAAAAAUUAAAACAGGAUUUCAGUGGCCACAGACAAAGUCUUUUGUUUUUUUUGUGAAUUUAUGUUGAGAAUGAUUCUAUUUUUUCUAAACCAAAAUCAAGCACGGCCACAAUUUCCUGCCAUAUGGUGGUGGAAAUUAUGCGUGCCUUUUCAUAACAAGCUGUUUAUGAGAAGGUAGCAAGUCAUUUGGCUUUGUUCAUAUAGCAGUGUACAGAAAAUUCAAAUUUUAUAGGAAAAAUCAGGUCUUUAUGUAAUAGAUGCCAGUAAUAUUGUUGAGUUCUCAGGUUUUCUAUAACUCUGUGAUGUUCUGAUUGGAUAGAUUUAGUUUUUAUUUUACAGGUAAUGUUAAACAAUUCCUAUUUUUUAAAGAUAAUGUUGUCAAAUCCACACUGAUGUCUUGUUUAACAGGGAGCAGCCAUAAUUUCCCCCCUGGAUAUCUUCCACCCCCAUUUUCACUCCCAUCAGACUAGUCCAAUGGAGAGGAACACAUAGAGGAUGUGGGUAUUUCUUAAGUCUUUCAGACAACUAGUUGACUUCGAGCUCAGACUGAAUGCAUUUUACGUUGAUUGAGUGCUUAAAUGGACAGCCAGCUCAACAGAUAGACAGAAAGACACCAUUUGAAGCCAUAUUUUAACUCAAACAGAGAUCUCCCUGGUCAUUGGAUGAAUUGAACUGAUUUGCUCCUAGUGAAGCCAUUUAGCCUGGUCUGUCCACGCUACAACUCCUUAUGGUUCUCAAAUCCUCAUAGCAUGCUUACAGGAACUUUGGUCCAUUGGUAAAUGGUGAGUACACUGGGUUUCGAGGCGGAGAUGUUGGGAUGUUUGUGACUGUGACGGUGGAUGCAAACUUCAAACAGGUCCAUUCAAUCAGGGGUCAGCCAUGGUUUGUCCGUCAUUGUGUUUGUGUGUCCAGACUUCCAGUAUCAUUAAAACAUGUAUUUGUUUACGAGUGAGUUCUCUGUGAAAUAUUCAUGGAAUGUUAAGGUUUUUCUUGUAAAGUGAUCCAUUAUGUGAAAAUCAACGGACACAUUCAUGAAUAGAAAGAUAUGUUAUUAUUUUUUCAUUAGUCUUUUUGAAAAUCCUGUUUAUACUAUCAGUUUACAGUUUUCUUUUUUUCUCAUUUGUAUUUAUCACCCUCUCCAUGUGAGUGGAUAGAAAUCCUUUAUUAUACAGGUAAAGUAAAGAAACUGAGUUGAUUGGAUUGGUUCCUUUGGGAUGAUGUUUGUGCGUGGAUGCUGAAAUUAACUCUGUGAGCUAACAGCAAAAGGACUGUGUUGUUUGUACUGUGUCGCAUUAUUAUUAUCUUUUGUGUUAAACAGUAAACAGCAACAAGGUUGUGUCGUUUAUUUUCUAUGAGGGAAUGGUCUCUGUUUCCUCCAUGCAUAACUACCCAACCCUGCUACUCCAUGAAGCAUUAUGCUACAUUGUUUGUUACCAUGUCUUUGUGUAUUCUGCCUCUUAUUUUUGGAUUUUGUUUGUUUUAAACUCUACUCUUGUUCAGUUUUGAAGGACAGUACCAGUAGACACCUUUUGAGCUGCAGACUGUUUCUGUACAAAGCAGCAUAUUUGUAUGCAUGUAGUAGUCCAACCUGUAUGUGACCACAGAACACUUUGUUAUAGUACAUGUAUGUCAACAUUUCUGUAGAGCAUUGUUCCCCAUUAUGUCUAUUAGCAUAUGCAGGAUA